UAACCUCAAAGGCAGAGAGAAAUGGACAUGGGUUGAUUGUUGUUCCAUAUUGAUUCGAAGCAACUGUUAUUUAGGCAGAUUCUGUUAUUGUCUAUAAAAGAAUAAAUUUACAAUUUAUCGUGACAUUCAUCUGAAUUUUCAUGGCCGGGGUUUGGGACUACUGCAUCAUGACGUUUUAAUUUCCCAGAAAUUUUUUACUAUUACUAUUAAUUCAUGAAGUUUACGAGUGUUAAGAUUCACGAGUUUUGUCGGGAUAUUUUGUAUUGUGGAACAGUUGAUAAAGCGGAAAAAAAUUGUUUCAAUCGUCUGAGGGACUUCUUUGAUAGAAUUGAUUUGAGUUGAAUGAAUUUUAUCGAAAGAGAAAUAAUCUGUGAACCUCUAUCGAAAUAUUUUUUCAAUUAUUCAAAAGUAUUAUCAACUCAAAAUUUUCUCUUUCCAGUUAACAAAAUGUCGUCAACAAAUCCAAUAUCCAAUCAAGCGCAGCUUCGCUACCUAGUCGAGUGGUUCCAAGAGUGGUCGGAGAUGCAGCGCGGUGACUUCCUGGGUGUCCUCAUCGCCUGCUGUGGCCCCCGCGACCUCGUCAACGGCCUAGUGCCCACCAUUGAAAAUCUCAACUGCAACGAAGAAGGCGCCAGGCCAGCCAGCCUCUUCCAGUGCCGAGUGAAAUUAUUUCGCGAGUGGUGCCAGAACUGGUCUCAACAGGACAAGGAAUCACUCCUGACUUCAAUAAAAAAUAUCGAUCCCAAAUUCGCGGAGAAGUACGAACGACGGCUGAUUGACGGCCACGAUCACGAGGAAGAGACGGCGAACGGCUUCCCCGACUGUUCGUCACCAGCUGAAGCCACGGAGGAGUCAUAACUCCAACUUGAAUGACGCCUGAGCAGCUAUGGCUGUGCCAUAGUAACUAAUACGCGCUGAUAGUUUUGUUUUUCGUAGGAGAAAAUUUAGCAAUCUUCGAUCAGAGAAAACAAUUUUCUCUAUUUUUAUAUCCAAGAGCUGCUAGUCCGCUUCAUUAUCGAAUUUAAUCGAACAUUCCAUCAAUGACAUUCCAUGUGUAAAUAAGGUAUUACAUAGUCCAACAAAAUAACGAGCCCGUUUGACCAAAACGAUUUUUUUUGCGUUGAUUACCAAUUUGUAAUUUGAAUGAUGAGCGACAACUGGGAAGACGAAAAAAAAUGAACGUUAAACAAAUAGCUUUUUCUCGAAAAUUAUUCGAGCGAUCGAUCUGUUCUCGUGCACAGAGUUAGUCCUCAUUAGAAUUCAUAGACUGGGAAAAUUUCGGAUUUUUCCAAAAUUUUGCGGAGAAGCAGAAGAGGGCAGAUUUGGAAUAAAAAAAAUUCUUUCUAAUUUUAUUAAUUUCAUAUCACAAUGAAACGGACUUGAAAUUUUGUCGGACCGUCUUAUUAGGUAGCAUCACGUCCCAAAUUGCUCAAUGCACUGAUUACUAUUCAUCGUGAUUGACGAUAUUUACAAUGAUUUUUCGUGAAAACCUUAGGAUAAUGUAGACUAAAAAAUCGUCUCGAGCUUCUUUAUUGAGAUUAUUUUCAAAACAAUACAUUCUUAAACAUAAUUUUCAUAAAUAUAUAAUAUAUUUUAUACGAACAUAUCACGUUGUGAGUCACGGUGUGUGUUUUACAUAUCACAGAUUAUGUUUUCGCCUCUUGAAGUGCGAACGAAAGAAAUCUCCAAAAAGCAUCAUUCGGUUUUUAUCAAUCAAAAAAAUAUCGGCAGUUGUAAUUCUUGUUGAUAAUUAACAAAAUGCGUUGUAACAUCUGAUCAUUGAUUAAAACAAAUGCAUAAACGACUGACUCAAUGGA